AUGGCAGAGGAUCCCAAUAUCUUCGAGCCUUGGGUUGACUUCAAGGAAGAACCCGGUUUGAAUGAGCAGUCCAAGUCUACGUCUACAUACAAUUCUAGUCCUGAUACCAAAAUAACUCCACCCUGUGGUGAGAAGUUAUCGAAGAUUCGGGAAAGACAUAAGAAUCUUACCUAUCGAGCCAUCCGAUCUCACUUCAAACAAACGCCACUCAGUGUGCUGAUGGUUAGUAGGGAAAAGGAUCCAUACAAUCGCACCAGGAAUUUAUGCUUACAAUACGAUGCUGUUCAUUCCGACGAUACAACUCCUUAUCUUAGUGUCUGUCCAGCUUCUCUUUAUAGUAGUAGAGUUAGUGGGUUUGGAUCUGUUGUGGACCUCACAAAUGCAAUCGCCUGCAUUGAAGGGCCUUCUGAGAGCCCGUACGCUGGAGGUAUCUUCUUUCUGCACAUUUUUUUCCCUGUUUCAUACCCUCAACGGCCUAUGAAAGUGCGCUUUUUGACUCAGAUUCAUCAUCCGAAUAUCAGUGCAGACGAAGAUCUCCGCAUCCCCAGUAUUACAACCGAAUGGCUUCCGGAGUAUUCUUUGAAAGAUGUUCUUUUGAUGAUAUUCUCACUGCUUAGCGCACCUGAGCUAGAUGAUGAUUCUAUACCUGAGAUUGCGAAGGAAUAUAUCGAUAAUUACAGCGCGUUCUUCGAAAGAGCAAAACUUUCCACAAUCAAACAUGCGUCGAGGGAGCAACUAGAUGUGAGAAAAUUGGUGAUAGAUUGGAUACAAGACUACAUGACCUUUGAUUACACAGUUGCUUCAUGUAAUAAGGCUCUCUUGCUAUGGCGUCAGAACAUAUGGGAGACAUUACCAAAAGAUGGUAACCGCGAGGACAUCAGUUUGCAAUGCGUCAUCCCAGACUCUGCCAUAGUGACCAUAUCUCAGAACCUGAGAAGAUUGUGUAGUAGCGAAAUCGGACUUGGAGAGCUGGACUUGGGUGAAUGGGAUAAGCGUGACCAAUAUCUAAGGGAUAAUUCUUUAUCAUCGCUUGGAAAUACACUGGUUGCAGUGUGGCUCAAGCUUCAAGAUGAAAAAAGAGGUAUUGAAAACGAUAAUUAUAACCUUCCCGGUGGAGCCUCAAAUGAUACUGUCGAAGCGUGCCAGCGUGUGCUUAAGCAGUGGCGUAAUUUAGUAUGGGAUAUGUACCCAGAGAAUACCUUCAGCGACCGUGAAUCCGUCAUACCAAAUUCUGCUAUGCUCACCAUAUCUAACAACCUGGAAAAGAUAGGCUCCGGUCAUAUCAAGCUUGAGCAUUUGGACUUGUGGGAAUGGGAUUACAGCACGCAUUUUCUCGCUGAAGACAACAAAUUUUUUCUUCGGGAACUUCUGCGAAAGUUGUGGGAGCGUGACGUCGAGGCAAGACAGGAAACUACAGAUACAGCUGUUCCAGAAGGCGGUCACGGUUCCAAAAAUGAAGGCCCGAAGUCUCUCCGGAGAGUUCAACUUGGUCUCGAGGCUGAAAGUUCUGCAUCUAGUCAAAACCCAUUGAUUACACGGGCUGGUAUCCGUUCUGGUAGUACUAGAAGAUCAAGGUCCAAGCAAGAACUACAAGUUACAAAAAGUGAACCGAGUACCCAGGUCAAGGAACCAAGGUUCAAGCAGGGAUUCGAAACUACAAAUAUCCCUCCUGGUGCCAUAGCUAACAGCUCAAAGUCUGUUCAGGGAGCAGGAAUUGCAAAAUAUGGACUCGGCUCAGAGACUAGAAGCUCAGACUCUAAUAAGGGACCACAAAUUCCAAAAGGCGAUCUUAAUCCCGACAUGCAAUAUUUGAAGUCUGUACUUGAAAAGCUAAAUUUACCAAACUCGCCAGAGGAUGUCAUUACCGUUGUUGAAAAGAUACAUUACCCAUUUUCGAGCCAUGAUAUCAGUUACUUUGCUGAAAAGCUAAAGUUCCAAAUUCCGGAAGGUAAACUCAGUUCCAUUGUUGAAGAGGCCAACAAACGUGUCAAGAAAAGCAAUGAAGGCAAGAGCUCUGUUACAAAGUAA